UCCUCCUACUUCUUUGGACCAACAACUACUUCACACUCGCACAUCUUCUUGAUUAUACUUUAUUUUCAACUGCCACUCUUACUCUCUAAUUCAUCUUGAUUAUGCUCUAUUUUGAUUUAACAUAGCCGCAGCUGUUCUAGUUACGCGAUGAGUUUGUAUUUGUCUUCUAAAUGCUUGUUUUAGCUCUGGAGUCACUUUGGGAUUUGUGUGUUUGUGGUUUCUGUAGUUGACUCCUUCAACUAUUUAUACUACUGUUCUUGGCUUUAAAUAGUGUUUUAUUCCGUGGAUUUAGUGUUAGCUCUAUUUGUGGCAAUUCAAAUGCAAUUUCUUUUUCUUUUAGGUUUUCUUUUGAUGCUUUGUUAGCGAAAUGAAUUCAAGAUUGCUCGGUUUUGUCCUUGUUUGGUAUAAAAUAAAUGCUUGGUUAGUUAUACUUUGCUUUUAAAGAAAAAGGUCUUAUGUCACAGAUCAGGGAGUAUUGCAUUUACUUUAGUCAUUGUGAGGGAGAUGGUCUUCCCUUUUAAUGAGCAAGUAUUUAUUUGCAAAUAAAUUUAGAGUUGUACUACCAACCGCUAUUAGUUUAAUAGUUGGUUUGUGUAUUCUUUUAUAAGAGUUUGCAAGUUCUGAGUUAGGCUGUGCUCCCUUAUAUAUUUUUGAUUGAAGAUUAUAUUUGUGUUGUGUAACGAUUAAUAUAUGUACGUUACUUAAUUAAUAAAUGUAUAUAUUCUCUUCUAAAAAAAUUUGUAAUUGGACUGGCUUCUGAGUUUGGCUAUAAACCGCACUGUCACAGAGUGUUGGAAUUUCAUGGCUGUUCCAUUCCCAAGCAUUUUUUAGCUGAGGUGCUGAUUAAAUUUAUCAACUUUAAGUAUACUGUUAGAAACAAUUUGUUAUUAACAAGGGGGGUCUUUUUACUUACGUGUGUGGUAAGUGGUGCAUAUUUAUGUUUUUAGUUUAGAAGAACUGGUGCAUGGUUAUUGCAUGAAUGUAUUCUAGAUUGUCUUACUUGUGAGGUACAUAUGCAUAUGAUGUUGCUACUUAGUUAUGAAAAGAAUCAGUUUUCAAAGAACUAAAGGAUUGACAGUUUGCAAAUUGAAUCUUGACCCGAGGUUGGGAUGUAUAAAAAUGAUUUGUUUCUCACUCUAAGUUUAGCCAAUGUGUGUGGAUUCUGUACCUGCUGUUUUUUCGCAUUACAAUAGAAUAAUAUUUUUUUUAGCUUCCUUCAAAUUACUUUUUGAUCUGGCCGUUGUGUUAAUUAAGAAGUAGGUUAACGUAUGUUCUUGCAUCUGUUAUUGCCAUAUGACUGUACUGAUAUUUCUGUCUUUUCUCUACACUCUGCACAUGCCUUCAAGGUAACAAUUUUUGUUGCUCACUUGAUUAAUUUUAUCCUGAUUGAUAUUUUUGGACUGCAACCAUUUGUACCAUAAUCAUCGUAUUCAAGAUGUGUUGUUGCUUCUUUUAUAUUGUGACUGAGAAGGUUUUCAUUAUAUUGUUAUUUUAAAGCAUGCUAUUAAACAUUGUGUUACAUUUGGGGAUCAGAUGAGGAAAUUGUUUAUUUAACUAAAAAUGGUUCCGAUGCAUGAGAAGUAAAGAAUGUUUUGUUCCCAGGUUUUGACUGUGAAACUAGCAUAUCGUUUAUGCAUGUUUCAGCAUUCAGGUCUUGAAAGUACCCUUGAUUUACAUUUAAUCCAAGAACUUAGAUGCAUAAUGAUUAAACCAUAUUUCCUCCAAAAAAAAAAAAUUCAUUGAACCACAGACAAGGUGAUUCGCCUUGCCAAAUAUCAAAGACAAGGGAUGCGUUUGAUUCUUCAUUUUCCUGUAGAAGUUUUCAGCACCCAUAUUUUGGAAAACUACUGAAAAUUCUGGUAAAGGCUGGGCUGUCUUCAUCAGCCCCUGAUACAGGGAAAGGGAAAAGCAAAAUGUCGAAACAUAUCACACACGGAUUUCAUUGGGUAAAGGGAAAAUCAAGUCAUCCAAUGGAAGAUUAUGUAGUUUCUGAAUUCAGGCGAGUAAAAGAUAAUGAGCUGGGCUUAUUUGCAAUAUUUGAUGGCCACUUAGGCCAUGAUGUGGCAAACUACUUGCAAUCUCACCUGUUUAACAAUAUUUUGAAAGAGAAAGAUUUUUGGACUGAGACAGAGGAUGCCAUAAGGAGAGCUUAUCGUUCAACAGAUGCAGAAAUAUUGGAAAAAUCUUUUCAUCUAGGAAAAGGAGGGUCUACUGCUGUAACGGCAAUAUUGAUCAAUGGUCAAAAGCUGGUAGUAGCUAAUGUGGGAGAUUCUCGAGCUGUCAUCAGUAAGAGUGGGGUUGCGCAACAAUUAUCAGUUGAUCAUGAGCCAAGCAAGGAAAAAAAGUUGAUUGAGAGCCGUGGUGGCUUUGUAUCAAACCUUCCAGGAGAUGUUCCACGUGUUGAUGGACAGCUUGCUGUGGCAAGAGCUUUUGGUGACAAGAGCUUGAAGAUACACCUUAGUUCAGAACCAGAUGUAACAGUGCACGUGAUUGAUGAUAAUACAGAGUUCAUCAUUCUUGCAAGUGAUGGGAUAUGGAAGGUUAUGACAAAUCAAGAAGCAGUGGACUGCAUCAAGAACUUGAAGGAUGCUCAAUCAGCAGCCAAGCACUUGAUUGAGGAGGCCCUUUCGAAGAAAAGUAAGGAUGAUAUAUCCUGCAUAGUUGUGAAAUUCCAUUGAUACUUUGUUUUGAUAAAGUGGCCACCCCUUGCAUAUUAAUCCCGUGUUUGUAUUCUAUUUCUUAUUCAAAAGUUUGCCGGAAUUUGUAGAGAUUGCUAUUACGCUUUUUGAUUGUAAAACUUGAUCCUGCUCUUUUUUUAGAAGAAAGAAAAACAGAGUUAUGAGCUAGUAUUGGGAUCUACAUUGAAAUUGUUUUGACUGUUAAGUCAGCAUAAUUCAAAAAGUUGUAAAUCUAAA